UUGAGGUGCAAAAGUGCUGCCUCGUUAUUGACAAUAUACUUGAGUUUCCAGGAAAAACCAUAUAAAUGAUGCUUCUGUUUAAUAGCUAUUGUUUAAUUCUGGUGCUAGGUGAUUAUUAGCUUGCGAUAAAGACCUUUGAAUGUAAUUUUGAUUUUUGCCAGUCACCUAAGUGACAGAAACCACAUAGAUUCUGUCAUGCAAUUUUACUUUUUUCUCACGUGGCUUGCCUGAGGAUUUCAAAGAAUUCAAUUUCCUGAUAGAAAAGUAGUUAGUAAAUGGAUGCAAACGGGUCAACAUUAUCCAGAAUCAGUCAAGAUGCUUAAUAUAAAUUGCUACAACAGAUGUUCCUGGAAUGAUGACAACUGAGGAACACAUUCGUGAUAAAGUGAAUCUGGAAGCCUUGCCCUCACCAAGGCUGGAGAAGAGAGGACAUGUGAGGGAUGGCUGUUCGUCAUUUGUGUGUCCUGCACACAGGGACCCGUUGGAGUGACCACAAGUCCUGUAGGUAUUGCUGCUGAAGGCUUCUCCGAUGCUUUAGGAUAUCUUCAGGGAAAUCAACUCUUUACAUAAACUGAGAAUUUCGGUCCAGACUGGAGAUCAUGCACACUGAAGCACCUGCCUCCAGGAAGGGCACUUAGGUGUCUUGAGACUGCCCCUCAGGCCAUCAUCAGACAUUCUAAGUGAGAAUCUUCACAUCAUCUAGGAAAAUGGUGGCCCUGUCCUUAAAGAUUUGUGUCCGCCACUGCAAUGUGGUAAAGACCAUGCAGUUUGAACCAUCUACAGCCGUGUACGAUGCAUGUCGAGUCAUUCGGGAACGGGUACCUGAGGCGCAAACUGGCCAAGCUUCUGAUUAUGGGCUGUUUCUGUCAGAUGAAGACCCCAGGAAAGGAAUUUGGCUGGAAGCAGGCAGAACACUGGAUUACUACAUGUUGCGAAAUGGGGAUAUUUUGGAAUAUAAAAAGAAACAGAGACCUCAGAAAAUCCGGAUGCUGGAUGGAUCCGUGAAAACGGUGAUGGUGGAUGACUCUAAGACCGUUGGGGAGCUCCUGGUUACCAUUUGCAGCAGGAUCGGAAUAACGAACUAUGAAGAAUAUUCUUUAAUCCAAGAAACGAUUGAGGAAAAGAAAGAGGAAGGGACGGGUACGCUAAAAAAAGACAGGACACUGUUGCGAGACGAGAGGAAGAUGGAGAAGCUGAAGGCAAAACUCCACACGGAUGAUGACUUAAAUUGGCUGGAUCACAGCCGAACAUUCAGAGAACAAGGGGUAGAUGAACAUGAAACGUUGCUGCUUAGAAGGAAGUUCUUCUACUCCGAUCAGAAUGUGGACUCGAGAGACCCUGUGCAGCUGAACUUGCUUUAUGUUCAGGCUCGGGAUGAUAUCCUGAACGGCUCCCACCCUGUCUCCUUCGAGAAAGCUUGUGAGUUUGGAGGAUUUCAAGCCCAGAUACAAUUUGGACCUCAUGUGGAACAUAAACACAAGCCCGGAUUCUUAGAUCUAAAGGAAUUCCUGCCCAAAGAAUACAUCAAGCAGAGAGGAGCUGAAAAGAGAAUAUUUCAGGAGCAUAAGAACUGUGGAGAGAUGAGCGAAAUAGAAGCCAAGGUCAAGUAUGUGAAACUCGCCCGAUCCCUCCGGACAUACGGUGUGUCCUUUUUCCUGGUGAAGGAAAAGAUGAAAGGCAAGAACAAGCUUGUGCCUCGCUUGCUGGGCAUCACUAAGGACUCGGUGAUGCGCGUGGAUGAGAAGACCAAGGAAGUGCUACAGGAGUGGCCGCUCACCACCGUCAAGCGCUGGGCAGCCUCACCCAAGAGCUUCACGCUGGAUUUUGGGGAGUAUCAAGAAAGCUACUAUUCAGUACAAACCACUGAGGGAGAGCAAAUAUCCCAGCUGAUUGCAGGCUACAUCGACAUCAUCCUCAAAAAGAAACAAAGCAAAGAUAGAUUUGGAUUAGAGGGGGAUGAGGAGUCGACUAUGCUGGAAGAGUCUGUUUCCCCGAAGAAGUCUACCAUCUUGCAGCAGCAGUUCAAUCGGACUGGAAAGGUGGAACACAGCUCCGUGGCACUGCCCGCCGUGAUGCGCUCAGGCUCCAGUGGGCCCGAGACCUUCAACGUCGGCAGCAUGCCCUCCCCGCAACAGCAGGUCAUGGUUGGACAGAUGCACCGAGGCCACAUGCCCCCGCUGACCUCGGCCCAGCAGGCUCUCAUGGGGACCAUCAACACAAGCAUGCACGCUGUCCAGCAGGCCCAGGAUGACCUCAGCGAGCUGGAUUCACUGCCACCCCUAGGCCAGGAUAUGGCGUCCCGGGUAUGGGUUCAGAAUAAAGUCGAUGAAUCCAAACACGAAAUCCACUCCCAGGUCGAUGCGAUCACAGCUGGAACAGCUUCAGUAGUUAACCUCACUGCCGGUGACCCUGCAGACACCGACUACACAGCAGUGGGAUGUGCAAUCACCACCAUUUCUUCCAACCUGACGGAGAUGUCCAAGGGCGUGAAGCUUUUGGCAGCCCUGAUGGACGACGAAGUGGGCAGUGGCGAGGACUUGCUCAGAGCCGCGAGGACCCUCGCAGGGGCAGUGUCGGACUUGCUGAAAGCUGUGCAGCCUACUUCUGGAGAGCCUCGACAGACAGUUUUGACUGCUGCUGGAAGCAUCGGACAAGCCAGUGGGGAUCUUCUGAGACAGAUCGGAGAGAAUGAGACUGAUGAGCGAUUCCAAGACGUUUUAAUGAGUUUGGCCAAAGCUGUAGCCAAUGCUGCCGCCAUGUUGGUAUUAAAGGCGAAGAAUGUCGCCCAAGUAGCUGAAGACACGGUCCUACAGAACAGGGUGAUUGCCGCUGCCACCCAAUGCGCCCUUUCUACCUCUCAGCUGGUGGCGUGCGCCAAGGUGGUGAGCCCCACCAUCAGCUCCCCCGUGUGCCAGGAGCAGCUGAUCGAAGCAGGGAAGCUCGUGGACCGCUCGGUGGAGAACUGUGUCCGUGCCUGCCAGGCGGCCACCGACGACACCGAGCUCCUGAAGCAGGUCAGCGCGGCGGCCAGCGUGGUCAGCCAGGCCCUGCACGAUCUCCUGCAGCACGUGCGACAGUUUGCCAGCCGAGGCGAGCCCAUCGGCCGCUACGACCAGGCCACCGACACCAUCAUGUGUGUCACCGAGAGCAUCUUCAGCUCCAUGGGAGAUGCUGGUGAAAUGGUGCGCCAGGCCCGGGUCCUGGCCCAAGCCACCUCAGACCUUGUCAACGCCAUGAGGUCAGAUGCGGAAGCUGAAAUCGACAUGGAGAAUUCAAAGAAGCUCCUGGCAGCAGCAAAACUCUUGGCCGAUUCCACUGCUCGCAUGGUGGAAGCUGCAAAGGGGGCUGCGGCCAAUCCUGAGAACGAAGACCAGCAGCAGAGACUGAGAGAAGCUGCAGAAGGUCUCCGUGUGGCAACCAACGCCGCUGCCCAGAAUGCUAUCAAGAAAAAAAUUGUCAACAGGUUGGAGGUGGCAGCUAAGCAGGCCGCAGCCGCCGCCACACAGACCAUCGCCGCCUCCCAGAACGCGGCCGUGUCCAACAAGAACCCCGCCGCCCAGCAACAGCUGGUUCAGAGCUGCAAGGCAGUGGCUGAUCACAUCCCUCAGCUGGUCCAGGGGGUGAGAGGAAGCCAAGCCCAAGCUGAAGACCUUAGCGCCCAGCUGGCUCUCAUCAUCUCCAGCCAGAACUUCCUCCAGCCUGGAAGCAAGAUGGUGGCCUCCGCCAAAGCCGCGGUGCCCACUGUGAGCGACCAGGCUGCAGCCAUGCAGCUGAGCCAGUGUGCCAAGAACCUUGCCACCAGCUUGGCAGAGCUACGUACCGCCUCGCAGAAGGCCCAUGAAGCCUGUGGUCCGAUGGAAAUUGACUCAGCUCUGAGCACCGUGCAGACACUUAAGAAUGAACUGCAGGAUGCCAAGAUGGCUGCUGUGGAGAGUCAACUGAAACCGCUUCCAGGGGAAACGCUGGAAAAAUGUGCUCAAGACCUGGGAAGUACAUCCAAGGCAGUGGGCUCCUCCAUGGCUCAGCUCCUAACCUGUGCUGCUCAAGGCAAUGAGCACUACACAGGGGUGGCUGCAAGAGAGACAGCCCAAGCUCUGAAAACGCUGGCCCAGGCUGCCCGUGGAGUGGCCGCAUCCACCAGCGACCCCGCAGCUACGCAUGCCAUGCUAGAUUCAGCCCGCGACGUGAUGGAGGGCUCAGCCAUGCUCAUCCAGGAAGCCAAGCAGGCCCUGAUUGCACCUGGGGAUGCUGAGAGUCAGCAGAGACUAGCCCAGGUGGCCAAAGCCGUCUCGCACUCCUUGAAUAACUGCGUGAAUUGUCUCCCUGGCCAGAAGGAUGUGGACGUGGCCUUGAAGAGCAUUGGCGAGUCCAGCAAGAAGCUGCUUGUGGACUCGUUACCUCCAAGCACGAAGCCUUUCCAGGAGGCCCAGAGUGAACUGAACCAAGCUGCGGCUGAUCUGAACCAGUCUGCUGGGGAAGUGGUCCAUGCCACCCGGGGCCAGAGCGGAGAGCUGGCCGCAGCCUCUGGGAAGUUCAGUGAUGAUUUCGAUGAAUUCCUGGAUGCUGGCAUUGAGAUGGCAGGCCAGGCUCAGACAAAAGAAGACCAGAUCCAAGUGAUUGGAAACCUCAAGAAUAUCUCUAUGGCAUCCAGCAAGCUGUUGUUAGCUGCCAAAUCUCUCUCUGUAGAUCCAGGAGCCCCCAAUGCAAAAAAUCUCCUGGCUGCUGCCGCAAGAGCUGUGACAGAGAGCAUCAAUCAGCUGAUCACUCUGUGUACCCAGCAAGCUCCUGGCCAGAAAGAAUGUGAUAAUGCCCUGCGGGAGCUCGAGACUGUCAAGGGGAUGUUGGACAAUCCUAAUGAACCUGUUAGUGACCUCUCUUACUUUGACUGCAUUGAGAGUGUGAUGGAAAACUCCAAGGUUCUGGGCGAGUCGAUGGCAGGGAUUUCACAGAACGCCAAGACCGGGGACCUCCCUGCCUUUGGGGAGUGUGUGGGGAUUGCGUCCAAGGCCCUCUGUGGGUUGACAGAGGCUGCAGCCCAGGCUGCAUACCUGGUGGGCAUCUCUGAUCCAAACAGCCAGGCGGGCCACCAGGGCCUUGUGGACCCCAUCCAGUUUGCCAGGGCCAACCAGGCCAUCCAGAUGGCAUGCCAGAACCUGGUGGACCCCGGCAGCAGCCCGUCACAGGUUCUGUCCGCGGCCACAAUUGUCGCCAAGCACACCUCGGCCCUGUGCAACGCCUGUCGUAUCGCCUCAUCCAAGACAGCCAACCCAGUGGCCAAGAGGCACUUUGUCCAGUCAGCCAAGGAAGUCGCCAACAGCACUGCCAACCUGGUGAAGACCAUCAAGGCCCUGGAUGGGGAUUUCUCUGAAGACAACCGCAAUAAGUGUCGCAUUGCCACCGCACCCUUGAUCGAAGCUGUGGAGAACCUGACAGCUUUCGCAUCCAACCCUGAGUUUGUCAGCAUUCCCGCCCAGAUCAGCUCCGAGGGCUCCCAGGCACAGGAACCGAUCCUGGUCUCAGCCAAGACCAUGCUGGAGAGCUCAUCAUACCUCAUUCGCACUGCACGCUCACUGGCCAUCAACCCCAAAGACCCGCCUACCUGGUCUGUGCUAGCUGGACAUUCCCACACCGUGUCUGACUCUAUCAAGAGUCUCAUCACAUCUAUCAGGGACAAGGCUCCUGGACAGAGAGAGUGUGACUACUCCAUCGAUGGCAUCAACCGGUGCAUCCGUGACAUUGAGCAGGCCUCGCUGGCAGCUGUCAGCCAGAGCUUGGCCACAAGGGAUGACAUCUCCGUGGAGGCCCUACAAGAGCAGCUGACUUCAGUGGUCCAGGAAAUCGGGCACCUCAUCGAUCCCAUUGCCACAGCAGCUCGGGGGGAAGCAGCGCAGCUAGGACACAAGGUGACACAGCUCGCAAGCUACUUCGAGCCCCUGAUCUUGGCCGCAGUUGGUGUCGCCUCCAAGAUUCUGGACCAUCAGCAGCAGAUGACUGUGCUGGACCAGACCAAGACGCUCGCAGAAUCUGCCCUCCAGAUGCUGUAUGCAGCCAAAGAAGGUGGAGGAAACCCCAAGGCCCAGCACACCCACGACGCCAUCACAGAGGCCGCCCAGCUCAUGAAGGAGGCUGUUGAUGACAUCAUGGUGACACUGAAUGAAGCAGCUAGCGAAGUGGGGCUGGUGGGAGGCAUGGUCGAUGCCAUUGCAGAGGCCAUGAGCAAGCUGGAUGAAGGCACUCCUCCAGAACCAAAGGGAACAUUUGUCGACUACCAGACGACUGUGGUUAAAUACUCCAAAGCCAUUGCGGUAACAGCUCAGGAAAUGAUGACUAAGUCGGUUACUAACCCGGAGGAGUUGGGAGGACUGGCUUCACAAAUGACCAGUGACUAUGGGCACCUGGCUCUCCAGGGCCAGAUGGCAGCAGCCACGGCGGAACCAGAGGAGAUCGGCUUCCAGAUUCGCACACGUGUGCAGGACCUGGGCCACGGCUGCAUCUUCCUGGUGCAGAAGGCGGGGGCCCUCCAGGUGUGCCCCACGGACAGCUACACCAAGAGGGAGCUCAUCGAGUGUGCCCGUGCAGUCACAGAGAAGGUGUCCUUGGUGUUGUCAGCUCUCCAGGCUGGGAACAAGGGGACCCAGGCAUGUAUCACAGCUGCCACUGCCGUGUCUGGGAUUAUCGCCGACCUGGAUACCACCAUCAUGUUUGCGACUGCAGGGACCCUGAAUGCAGAGAACAACGAGACCUUUGCAGACCACAGGGAGAACAUUCUGAAGACAGCCAAGGCCUUGGUGGAAGACACGAAACUGCUGGUGUCAGGGGCUGCGUCCACCCCGGACAAGCUGGCCCAGGCAGCCCAGUCGUCGGCAGCCACCAUCACCCAGCUCGCUGAAGUGGUCAAGCUGGGGGCCGCCAGCCUCGGCUCUAAUGACCCUGAGACGCAGGUGGUGUUGAUCAAUGCCAUCAAAGACGUGGCCAAGGCCCUUUCAGAUCUGAUAGGUGCUACCAAGGGGGCCGCCAGCAAGCCUGCCGAUGACCCCUCCAUGUACCAGCUCAAGGGGGCCGCCAAGGUGAUGGUGACCAAUGUCACCUCCCUCCUCAAGACUGUAAAGGCAGUGGAGGACGAGGCCACCCGGGGCACACGGGCGCUCGAGGCCACUAUCGAAUACAUGAAACAGGAGCUCACGGUGUUCCAGUCAAAAGAGGUGCCUGAAAAGACAUCAUCACCUGAAGAAUCGAUAAGGAUGACGAAAGGCAUCACCAUGGCAACAGCCAAAGCCGUGGCCGCUGGGAACUCAUGCAGACAGGAGGAUGUGAUUGCCACCGCCAACCUGAGCCGGAAAGCCGUGUCAGAUAUGCUGACGGCUUGUAAGCAAGCAUCCUUUCACCCUGAUGUCAGCGAGGAGGUGCGCACGAGAGCCUUGCGAUACGGGACGGAGUGCACCCUUGGCUACCUGGACCUUCUCGAGCACGUCUUGGUGAUUCUUCAGAAACCCAGCCCGGAACUCAAGCACCAGCUGGCUGCUUUCUCCAAGCGCGUCGCUGGUGCCGUGACUGAGCUCAUCCAGGCAGCAGAAGCCAUGAAAGGAACAGAGUGGGUGGAUCCAGAAGACCCAACUGUCAUCGCGGAAACAGAAUUACUGGGGGCUGCGGCAUCCAUUGAGGCUGCUGCUAAGAAGUUAGAGCAACUGAAGCCAAGAGCCAAACCGAAACAAGCAGAUGAGACCCUGGAUUUUGAAGAACAGAUUUUGGAAGCUGCUAAAUCCAUUGCCGCUGCCACGAGUGCCCUGGUCAAAUCGGCCUCGGCAGCCCAGAGGGAGCUGGUGGCCCAAGGAAAGGUGGGCUCCAUCCCCGCCAAUGCUGCGGAUGACGGACAGUGGUCGCAGGGGCUGAUUUCUGCCGCCCGGAUGGUGGCAGCUGCAACCAGCAGUCUCUGUGAGGCGGCCAAUGCCUCUGUUCAGGGACAUGCCAGUGAAGAGAAGCUCAUCUCAUCCGCCAAGCAGGUCGCUGCUUCCACGGCUCAGCUGCUCGUGGCCUGCAAGGUGAAGGCCGACCAGGAUUCAGAGGCCAUGAGGCGGCUACAGGUAAUGGUCACUGAUGCUGGUGGGAAAAUACUCCUGUUGGAGCGGGCAGCAGGAAAUGCUGUGAAAAGAGCCUCAGAUAAUCUUGUUCGUGCAGCCCAGAAGGCAGCAUUUGGCAAAGCUGACGAUGACGAUGUUGUAGUGAAAACAAAGUUUGUAGGGGGCAUUGCUCAGAUCAUUGCCGCCCAGGAAGAGAUGUUGAAAAAAGAACGAGAACUGGAAGAAGCGAGGAAAAAACUGGCCCAGAUCCGCCAACAGCAGUAUAAAUUCCUACCCACUGAGCUGCGGGAGGAUGAAGGCUAAGGCCAGAGCCAAGAUGGCGUGCCCCAGGGAACGACUUUGCAACAAAUAGUGUUCCUGAGAAGCUGGGACUUACCUGGAAACUGCCUGCCUCCCCUGGGGCCAACGCAGAGCCCUGAGUGCUCAUUCUCACGUCUCUGUCCUGUCGGGCACCGGCUGCAUGAUCGUGAUGUCACACGGUACAGUGUCCCACCCACAGCUCCUUCGCCACCUCCCCUCAUGCCUCACCGUGUCUCAGGAGAGAGGGGCGCACGUUUCGUGAACUGUUACCAAAAAAAAGAGAAGUCAGUAUUACGUCGUUCUCAGACACUUUUGCUUUUGUUGGUCCUUCUCUAGGCCUGCUCCUGGGCCUUCUGUGAAAUCUUAAGAGGAAACAAAAAUAAUGGCUUGGGGGAAAGCAUUGGUAUCCUAGAGAUUAUUCUCCCUCUCAGGAGAAGAUGGAGGUUGGAGUUGGACAUGGCUAAUAAAAGCUAGAAACGUAAACCAGUGUGGACUCCAGGAGGGCCACUGCUGUCCUUCUGUAUCUCAAGCACUGGCUCACCCAGAGGAUGGAGAAUUCCUGCUCCCAUUUGCACGCUUUCUUGCCUCAGUGUGUAAGCUCCUUGUACAAUCUAGACCCGUCUUGUAUUCUGUGGCCCCAAAAAAACUGAACGAUUAUUUUUUUUCCUCCGUAAUCCAAAGGGCAGAAGUAUGGGGGACCGUCAGGGCUCGGUGAGCAGAGGCUGGAAUAAAAUGUGUGGGCUCCUUACUCUGCAGAGACUUUUUCAGUUCAUACAAGUCCCAUGGCCUCUGAUGACAAACCCAUGUCCUCCGAUGACAGUCCCCUCAACACCCCCUCCGGAGCGUCCGAGGUGGGGAUUCAGCUAGAAUAAAGCACUUCCUUGGUGACUGCCAGGUCCUACCCAGGGUCCUCUGCUCUCCAAAUGGUUAGAUUUCAGAACUGCAAGGCAUCUGUUUCAAAAUCUGUCCCCUGCCCUCCAUCCCAAGGUGCAAAUUUGUUCUGUGUCUUAAUAUUCUUACAAUCUAGAUGCAAACUGAAAUCAGUGUGAACCUUUAACAAGUAGACUUGCUCACUCUCGCAUCUUUCAAGGGAAGGUAUAUGGUACAUCCAGAGUCCAUUUUUCUGAUGCUGCACCUCCCGAAUUUCGUAUUAUUUUCCCUUCUCUCUUUUUUUGCUCUCCUUUCAGAUCCCUUUCUUUAAAAGGGCAUUUUAAGGCCUUGAAUUUACCUUUAAUCGGAGUCUUUAAUCAGAACAGUACAUGAAGGACGAAUGACUCGUGGAAUAGAUCCGAACGCCAGGUAGCCAGCGUCCGUGAGAGAAUUCAUGAGGGGAAGACGAUGGUAAUGGACGUCCAUGGGUUUCAAAGCUGAUAACUGGACGCUUGGGUCCUCAAAAGGCAUCACUUUUAGACCUUGCCCCCUGGUCCUGCUUUAAUAGACUCUAGCCUGUGGCAUAAUUUUAAAAUUUAAUUAAACCUCUGACCAUUGCCCGUAUUUAUUAGAGACUUGUAAGCGCUAUACAUCCAAUUUGUUUCCAGACAAGUGGAAAGUUAGAGGAAAAUACAGUACAAAUAAAAAGCGGAGAGAGUGUAGGGCACUGGGGGGAUGUGGGUACCAGCUCUGAAGAGGAGGGAGCAACAGAGCCCUGGCCUCUCAGGAAGAAGCUCACACACUCUUGGUUCUCCCUGAGUGUAGCUAGUACAGCUCUUCCUCCCUGCCCUGGGCUGUACCCUCUCAGACCUCAGGAUGAAAACCGAGGGCCCCCUGGACUUGGCAGGGGUGAGGGUUCUCCCCGAGAGAUGUUCCCUGGACAGGCACAGGGUGCUUUCUGAGACUCUUAAUCAGACCCAAAGGCUCAGAGUCGAGGUGUGUUAAUGGCCUCAUGUAGCAGGACCCAGGGAGCCCCUCCAUGGCCCACCCUCCCCAUAUUUUCUUCCAGGCUGUUUGGUCCCCUCUCCUCUUCCCACCUGUCCUCUGUCACAUCCCGGCGUCCCUGGAGUGAGGCAAGGGCAGACAGGGAGUUCUCUGUCCCUGCCUCGGUCAUUGAAAACCUCUAUUGCGUUCGAUACAGAAAACCCUUCAGAGAGAGGCAGCAGAGAGGCCUGUCCUUUACAACUUGAGAGAACAGGCAUGAAACCAAGCUUGUUCUUGUAUGACCUAUAGAAAUACCCUCUUGUCUCAAGUGUUCUGCUGCUAGGAGCUUUGGGGAAGUUGGUUCCCAGUUAUCAUUAUCACCGGGCGUGGUGCUGGUUUUUGACCUGUCCCUUCCUCGUCCACACUGCGGACGUGUGUGUGUGCGCGUGACCUCGUGGCUGCCUUCCUCUCUUCCCAUUUCAUCAAAUGGUUGAAAGACGGUGCUUCAGGAGUUAUUUAGUAGGCUCUGCAGCACAUGACCCCAAAUGGCAUUGAGGGGGCUUCUAGUUCUUCUUCAAAAGGAGCUAAGGCAGAUAUGACUUGUGUUUGGGGUGUGAGCCUUCGUUGAGGAGCCUCUAACAAGAAGAUGGUUUCAGGGUAAAAAUGGUCCCAGGCCUGGAGCCUAGAAAUGCUUCUGUCCCUGUGAGGGGAAAGCAGGUGUGUGCCCCGUGAGGGGAACUGGCACUGGGCUUCGAAGCUUUCAGCUGAUCUUCGUGCCCCAAAAUUUCUAUUUCACAAGGUCAAGAAAGGAACCUGCACUGGACUUAAGAACUGCUCGUUGAUUUGGGAGUUGGGAUUUUGUUUGGUUCUGCCUUUUCAAAAGUCUUGGAGUGUAAGGAUGCUUAAAGCCGCAUUCAGUUAAGCAGCCAGCCCUUAUUUAGACUGGCGGUGCCCCAGCAGGUCAGUGUGAGCAGAACCUUGAGUCCUGGGCGGCUGUGCAGUCAGGUGUCAUGGGGACCCCAGGCCACCUACUGCGGAGCCACGUGGUCUUGAAGGAUGAGCCACCUGAACCACUGCAAAUGCUUUAUCACAAAUACCCUUAGGGCUUCUCAGAGGCUUUCCCUGUGUGCUUUCUGGGUGUUUCAUCAGUCCGUGAGUUUCUAGUAACCAAAGCCUAUUCUAAGCUUAUCAAUGUAUUAGUACCAAAUUUCACCAUCCCCCAAGACAAUGAACCCCACCACCAAAGUAAUCCCAAGGCCGAAACCUCAUGCAGGAACCAGGCUGCAGGACGAUGGUGGUAAGCAAGCUGUGGUCUCCACUCCCCGGGGACUUGAGGACCUCCCACUCAUAGGCCACCUCCUCCUCCUCCUCAGCAGUGAACCCUCACAUCUCCCCAAGCUCUGAGGUUCUGGGUCAUGGCAGAGCCUCAGGGGAUUCUGGCUUUGAGACCGCAGGACAGACUAUGAGCAUGUUCAGUUCUCAGACUCAUGGAGGAAGUGUCCCUGCUGCUGACCAAGGGAGUAGCCACCUCUGAGACCCUUAGGGGAACCCAAGGAGUUGGGGGCAAAUGUCCCCUUCAGGCUAAGAGGCAAAUAGAAUUCAGAAACCCAAAGAUCCUAACAGCUGUGCUAGGGGCUCGGGUUCCAACUCCCCAAGGUCUCUUCCAGGUGCUGGCCUCCCCAGUAGGGGGCCUCGGGGGAAAGGUGUCUUUGUCCACAAGCAAGGUUCUGCCAUCUCUAAAAGUCCCUGAGAUGACAACUCCGUCUUUCUGAGCGUCUGCUUGGUAUGUUUAUGGUCAUUAGGAACAGGCAUGUGACAGAGCUUCUGGUGACUCUAAAAAAACACAAUGAAGGGACUGUACAAGAGGUUGGGAUUUGGCCUUCCUCUGAGCCCCGCUCGGCCUUCCCAUAAGCGUCGGCCUCUCCUUGUUCCACAGUGCAUGAGUGUGGGUCUCCCUCCACCACCUUCCCACCUGGCUGCAAAAUCUAGGAGCAAACAGGAAAGUUAAGCUCUGCCCUGUGUCAUAAUGUCUUUAUUGAUCUGGUCGCAUAAAUUAUUUUUUUUUAGUUCACCAGAAAUAAACUUUUAAAGGAA